AUGAUUGCAAAGAACCUUUUCAGACAAUCCCUCCGUUCGUUCCAUUCUACUGCCCGCAUUCAGGUUGUCCACCCAGUCUCCGGACUGCCUGCCUUCAACGCUGCCAUCAACUCUGAUAAGCUGACAGUGAUUGAUUUCUAUGCCACUUGGUGCGGACCCUGCCAUGCGGUGGCCCCGCUUGUUGAAAAGUUCUCCGACGAGUUUUCCGAUGCACACUUUAUCAAAAUAGAUGUUGAUGAGUCUCAAGAUGUUGCGCAGGAAGUCGGAAUCAGAGCAAUGCCUACCUUCCAACUCUACAAAGCUGGCAUCAAGGUCGGCGAAAUUGUAGGUGCCAAUCCCCCCGCAAUCAAGGCAGCCAUUCAAAAAAACCUGUAA